AUGGCCAAGGCCCCGGCUGUGUUCCAGGUACCUCAGGAAUCUGGCCUGUUGCCUCAGGCUUUGCUGGAUUCCUUAAGACGACCACUCCAUGGACAUUUGCUUGGGGCAAUGGCCGAGGAGUCUUGUAAAUGUAAUGGCUGGAAAAACCCCAACCCUUCUCCUACUCCCCCCAGAGCUGAUCUGCAGCAAAUAAUUGUCAGUCUAACAGAAUCCUGCCGGAGUUGUAGCCAUGCCCUAGCUGCCCAUGUUUCCCACCUGGAAAACGUGUCAGAGGAAGAGAUGAACAGACUCCUGGGAAUAGUGUUGGAUGUGGAAUAUCUCUUUACCUGCGUCCACAGGGAAGAAGAUGCAGACACCAAACAAGUUUAUUUCUAUCUAUUUAAGCUCUUGAGAAAGUCUAUUUUACAAAGAGGAAAACCUGUGGUUGAAGGCUCUUUGGAGAAGAAACCCCCAUUUGAAAAACCUAGUAUUGAACAGGGUGUGAAUAACUUUGUGCAGUACAAGUUUAGUCACCUGCCAGCCAAAGAAAGGCAAACGAUAGUUGAGUUGGCAAAAAUGUUCCUAAACCGCAUCAACUAUUGGCAUCUGGAGGCACCGUCUCAACGAAGACUGAGAUCUCCCAAUGAUGAUAUUUCUGGAUACAAAGAGAACUACACAAGGUGGCUGUGUUACUGCAACGUGCCCCAGUUCUGUGACAGUCUACCUCGGUAUGAAACCACCCAGGUGUUUGGGAGAACCCUGCUGCGCUCAGUCUUCACAGUUAUGAGACGACAACUCCUGGAGCAGGCGAGGCAGGAAAAAGACAAACUGCCACUUGAGAAACGAACUCUAAUCCUCACCCACUUCCCAAAGUUUCUAUCCAUGUUAGAAGAAGAAGUUUAUAGUCAAAACUCUCCUAUCUGGGAUCAGGAUUUUCUCUCAGCCUCUUCUAGAACCAGCCAGCUAGGAAUCCAAACAGUUAUCAGUCCACCUCCUGUAGCUGGGACCAUUUCAUAUAAUUCAAACUCAUCUUCCCUUGAGCAACCUAAUGGAGGGAGCACCAGUCCUUCCUGCAAAGGCUCUUCUGGGCUUGAGGCAAACCCAGGAGAAAAGAGGAAAAUGAAUGACUCUCAUGCCUUGGAGGAGGCCAAGAAACCCCGGGUUAUGGGGGAUAUUCCAAUGGAAUUAAUUGACGAGGUCAUGUCUACCAUCACGGACCCUGCAGCAAUGCUUGGACCAGAGACCAAUUUACUGUCAGCACAUUCAGCCAGGGAUGAGGCAGCGAGGCUGGAGGAGCGCAGGGGUGUGAUUGAAUUUCACGUGGUCGGCAAUUCCCUGAACCAGAAACCCAACAAGAAGAUUCUGAUGUGGCUAGUCGGUCUCCAGAAUGUGUUCUCCCACCAGCUGCCCCGGAUGCCCAAAGAGUAUAUCACACGGCUUGUCUUCGACCCGAAACACAAAACCCUUGCCCUAAUUAAAGAUGGCCGUGUCAUCGGUGGUAUCUGUUUCCGUAUGUUCCCAUCCCAAGGAUUCACAGAGAUUGUUUUCUGUGCUGUAACCUCAAAUGAGCAAGUCAAGGGCUAUGGAACACACCUGAUGAAUCACUUGAAAGAAUAUCAUAUAAAGCAUGACAUCCUGAACUUUCUCACAUAUGCAGAUGAAUAUGCAAUUGGUUAUUUCAAGAAACAGGGUUUCUCCAAAGAAAUUAAAAUACCUAAAACCAAAUAUGUUGGCUACAUCAAGGAUUAUGAAGGGGCCACUUUAAUGGGAUGUGAGCUAAAUCCACGGAUCCCAUACACAGAAUUUUCUGUCAUCAUUAAGAAGCAGAAGGAGAUCAUUAAAAAGCUGAUAGAAAGAAAACAAGCCCAGAUUCGAAAAGUAUACCCUGGACUUUCGUGUUUUAAAGAUGGAGUUCGACAGAUUCCAAUAGAAAGCAUUCCUGGAAUUAGAGAGACAGGCUGGAAGCCGAGUGGAAGAGAGAAAAGUAAAGAGCCCAAAGACCCUGACCAGCUUUACAGCACGCUCAAGAGCAUCCUCCAGCAGGUGAAGAGCCAUCAAAGCGCUUGGCCCUUCAUGGAACCUGUGAAGAGAACAGAAGCUCCGGGAUAUUAUGAAGUUAUAAGGUUCCCCAUGGAUCUGAAAACCAUGAGCGAACGCCUCAAGAAUAGGUACUACGUGUCUAAGAAAUUAUUCAUGGCAGAUUUACAGCGAGUCUUUACCAAUUGCAAAGAAUACAACCCCCCUGAAAGCGAAUACUACAAAUGUGCCAAUAUCCUGGAGAAAUUCUUCUUCAGUAAAAUUAAGGAAGCUGGAUUAAUUGACAAGUGA